AUGCCCCGCCCCUCCAAGAAGGCCGCCGCUGAGGCCCCCAAGCCUCCUGUCGCUGCUGUUCCUGUUGCGCCUGCCCAGCCUGUUGUUCCCGUCCAGAUUCCUCACAGACACAUUGAUGUCGAGGGUUUCAUCCGCGUUCGCGACUCGGUUCACCAGCGCCUGAUUACUAUUCUGGAGCUUAUCAAGAACUUCUCUGAGGACUACUACCGCCAGACCAGUCUUCUUCUUGGCGAGUCUGCCAACGAAGGUAUUCCCGGCAUUGACCACCCGCUCGUCAAUCUCGAGCAUGCUGUCGCCCAGAACAUCGCGCCCCUGGCCCUUGGCCUGCCUGCCGGCGCUGCCUACCACCCUGCUCCUAUUGAGGAGAAGAAGGAGCGCAAGAAGCGCACUCACGACCCCAAUGCUCCCAAGCGCCCUCUGACCCCCUACUUCCUGUACAUGCAAACCGCUCGCCCCAUCAUUGCUAGUGACCUUGGCGAGUCUGCUCCCAAAGGUGCCGUCCAGGAGGAAGGUCAGCGCCGCUGGAAGGCCAUGAAUCCCAGUGAGAAGGCCGGUUGGAACAACGCAUACCAGUACAACCUCCGUCUCUACCAGGCUCGUGUCCACGCCUACAAGCAGGGUGGCAACCUUGAGGCCAGACUAAUGGACGACAAUGCUGCUCUCAAGUACGCUGAGGAGCACAACAUUCAGAUCAACCCCGUUGAUGUUGUUCCCGAUGAGAACGAGGCCAUUGCCGAUCAGCUGACCCAGGGCAACUCUGCUGAUGCCGUUGGCGAGGAUGAGGAUGAGGAGGAGGCUCCCGCCCCUGUCAAGACCCCUAAGAAGCCUGCUUCUACCCGCAAGCGCAAGACUGCUACACCCGCUGCGGAAACUGAGGCUAAGAACACCGGAACCCCUGCCAGCCCUGACAAGAAGCGUCGCCGCACCUCCACGAAGGCUGCCGACGCUGUUGAGUCCGAGCCUGCGAAGAAGAGCCGGAGCAAGAAGGGCAAGAACUAA